AUGGGGCUGGCGAUCAGGGAUGGGGCGUUCCCCUCUCCCCGCCGCUUGGCGAGAAAUUUGUCAUUUUCUGACCCCACCCGCCCCGUUGGCUCCAUCUGGAUCAAAGGGGGCCUGCGCGAGAUGCUGGCGGCACACGUGGAGGGUGAGGACACCAGGCUCCGGUCCGUGCUGCACAGCCAGGCCCAGCUCAAGGACGCCCUGCACCAAGUGCUGGAAGAGGUGGCAGGAAUGAAGGCAGCAACAUCCUCACUCCCAGCAUCUAAAGCUUUUGGCCAGAAGCUCGAGAAGUUGCUGACGCGGUUGAAGGCCAUCCAACAGUCCUUGGGACGUGUGCAGGCGACCCUGGACAAGCUGGAAGGCAGGGCGAGGGCAUCAUGA